GAGGUGUUAGCUCCCGGAUAACGGUUGUUUGAAUGUCGUGUUUUGGCGUAGCACUCACACUCUUUCUAUUUUGCCGUCAGUUUGUAGCUGAUGACGCCCCUAACACAGACGAAAUUUAUGACGACAUUUUCAAGCUUCUGGAAGAAAAAGAAACGUUAGAACAAGAGCUAGAAAAGUUGGGAAAAUUAAAUUCGAAAGGAAAGUUGGACGAAUCUUGCAGCAUAGGUGAAAAAAAGCUAAAAUUUCUGAGCAACGUUGUUGAAGAAAGAAUUUCAAAAGCAGAAGAACUGAAAAUAGAAUUGAAUGAUGCGAAAGAGAGAAAACAUCACAUGCAGCAUUUGGAACGGGAUUGUAGGGGUGAUGAUGUAGAGGACAUAAUCUCAGUUGAAGAUAGAGUCCACUUCAGAGGACGUUACACCUUUUCUGUUGACCCAGUGGAAAGAGUUGCAGUAGACGGUUCUCAAGUAAAGGAGAGUCUAAAACAUGGGAAACCAGUGGUAAUAAAAGGAUCUAAUCUGACUGCAUCUACUAUUGGCAAGUGGAGUAUAGAGUACCUUCAGACUCAGCUUGUAUCGAAUGAAAUGCAACUUUAUGUUACACCCAAUCGACAGUUCAAAUCGUACACUUUGGAAAACAGAGGAAAUUACAGCUUUGAUCUAUCACAUGUGGCAUCCAAGGAAACAUUUCGGACAUUUCUUAACAUAGCAGACAUAUUGUACAAUACUGCAAAUGGCAGUAGAGUUUGCCUCAAGGAACUAUUGAGUAGAUGUAGCUCAUCUGAUAUGAUGAGUGCUUUGUUUCAGUUCAAGUCAGAUUUGCAAUCAAGUUUGUUGGCAGAGGCAGGAUGGGGAGAAUUAGAACAAGAAGUGUUAUCUGUUGGAAUGGCAGAUAGAGUGAUACACACACAUUACAAUAUGGCAGAGAAUCUUGUUGUACAAGUUUUUGGUCAUCAAAAGUUUGUGUUGUUUAACCCAACUGAGUAUGCAAAUCUGUAUCCCUUCCCAAUCCAUCAUCCACAGGAUCGACAGUCGCAGGUGAACUUUGAUGGUCCAAAUUUUGACAUGUUUCCUCAAUUUCGUGAGGCACGAGGACUUCAGGUCAUUGUCUCUCCUGGUGACAUUGUUUACAUUCCAUCAUACUGGUGGCACUACAUCGAGUCUGCAGACCAGGGAAUGACUGUGUCUCUUGAUUUUCUAUUCCAACCUUCAUGGAUGGAGAAAAAUAAAGGAGAUAUAAUUGAUGUCGAGAACGACGUUUCUACUAACCAGUCAAUAUUUAGUGUUCCUGAUGAUGUAAAGGAAAUUAGACUUCAGCGGGAUAUUGAGACACUCAUUGGCAGUACAGUCCAUCCAAGCAAGAUAAAGAAAAUCUUGAAGACAACACUCGAAAGAAGGUUUGAUUUCUUGUAACUUUUUUUAGAAACAUCCAACAAUUGUCAUGUAACAAUCUCUUCACAAGAAUGCUUCUUAUGUGUUUUAUUUUUGUGCAUCUCCAAUUGGAUUGGCAUCAGUUAAAUAGAUGACUCACUGAUCUGCUUUAGACUUAGUAUUGGUAGAAAUAUUUUAAUCGUAAUUUUAUACAUCAUAUUGUAACAAACGGAGCUCAUGAAGAGUUUCUGAAAUCUCUGGUUGAUAGUCAGACUAAUUUCACAUGAAUAUUAUCGUUCAUCAC